AUUGAUUUAGCGUUUUGUUGUCCGAACUUUACAGUUUUAAGUUUUGAAUCAUAAAAUAUAUGCUUGAUAUAUCGUUCUUUUUUACAGAAAAGAUGUCAACCUAACCCAGAAGAGAUGACGGAGACCACAUACCUUCAAGACGACGGUCAGGACAAGCAAAGGGAAAAUUACGGUCUGGUUGGAACACAAGGACCAGAAAACGAUCAAAGCAGUUGUGGAUGUUUUAUUCUGAAAUGUUUAAGGAGACUGAUCAGAUGUUUAUGCAGGACAAUCUGUUGGUUGCUCUCCUUUUUCAAUUGCUGCUGCUGCCCCCGCUGCUACAAAGGGAAUGUCCAGAUUUUUAUACCAGUACAAACACCGACGACUUUUGGAUUUUCCUCUGCCAUCUCUAGAUUGUGCAAAGAAAUAUCUUAUAAAUGUCAAUUAUGCUAUGAUGUUGCAAUGUUACACGAAGCGUUACCGCUCGUUGUUGUAUGCCAGAUAUCUUCAAGGUUCGAGCCGGACAUUGAUUUUGCACUUAAUGAUAUUAAAUGGAAAAAACCUUUCGUUGUCCUCCUUCUUCAUUGUGGUUUAGAAAGUUCCUUACCUACAUUACCAACAGCUUCGAAACUAGGAAAUAUGGAAAAAUAUCAAAAUAUUGAAUUCAUUGACGUCGCUUACAAUAUUGAUUCAGAACUGUAUCCAUGUAAAACGAAUAAAACUGCGAGAAGUCAAUUGCAAACAUUUUUUAAAAUAAAUGUUAAAGCCUGACAUAUUCAGUUGAAAAUGUUUCAAAAGUUUUAAGAUACUGAAAAAGUAUGAACCGGCUCAGUCUCUAUUAUAUUUAUAUAAACUUUUAUCAGAAAAAAACUAGAGACGACGAUUCAUAUUGUUUAACUGGCAUAAUUAUAGCAGAAUUUAAACAAAAAUUGAAAUAUUAUUUCAUUUUAUUAAAGAAAAGUUUAUUCACCUUUCCAGUAUUUACAUUUUAUGUAAAAUGGCUUACUUGUUAUCCAAUUGCUACACUGAGAUAAUAUAAAGUCACUUAUUGACCUGGUUUGCACAAAAGAACACGUGGUCACGUUUGUGAUACUGUUUGUGAGCAGUUGAUCUAGCAAUGAAUGGAAAACGUUUGGCAAAUUGU